UUUCAGGUGUGAUUUGCUUCCUGAAUGUCAGUUAUCAUUUUAUUUAUUUUUAUUUUUUAUUUAACCUUUAUUUAACCAGGAAGUCCCCUGAGUCUCUUUUAUAACACAUCUUAAGGAAAUAUGUGCUGAUCUUGUACACUGCUGAUACCAACCCCCCCACCAGGAGCUGCACAGCAGUCUAUCUACAGUGGUCUGUAAUGAAGCUAUGGAGAAAAGUGCCUUACCCCAAGGUACCUCAACAGCCAUCCCUGAAGGACAUUCACAUCCCAUUAACAGAAAGUUAUUCUUGUGAGAUUUUCAGAUACAGACACAUUUUUAUCAUCUGACUGCAGACAGUAUCCUCUUUUAACAUGGAUUUUUAAAAAUCUAACUGAUACUAAAUUAUUGAAGUUAAGGAACAUGACAUGAACUGACAGAUAUGAAAUAUGUUUCUACUCUUUUGUUUUUAAACUCUAAAGUGAGUUAAUACUGGUAAUAUUUUUCAAUAAUUUAGUUUUUCAAAAUUUACACGCUCUCUUUUUCAUGGUAAAAGCCACGUCUACUCAACCACACAUAACUGCCUUUUUUGGGUGUAUUUUCAAUUUAAAUUAUGAGAUCAUGAUUACGCACAUGAAGUGACAUUUAUUAUCCAAAUUUCUGAUACCUUACACAACAUCGACAGAAAUGAAUGAUUUAACUUUUCACACUCUUCCUGUUAAAGUUUGUAAUAAGAAGUUACGCGUUUUUUUCUGUUAGAUUAUAUCAAUACAAAUGUGCUACUGUGGGUGCAGACUUUGUAAAAAUGGCGUCUGAUAUAGACUGCCUUUAUAGGCGCAGCUGUGCUAUGACUGACCACAACAACAUCAGUGCAUUCUAAGUCAUUUCCAAAGAAUGAAGUCUGCCGCUGCAUCGGGACUUGCGUCGGACAAGAAAACACAAACAAGCCGCCUUCAUCAUGGGAAACUACGGCCGCUCUGCUGCAGAUGUUUCCAGCGAACAAGGCAAUGAACAUCUUCACGGAUGCCAGGGGACAUGAUCGCCUCUCACUUAUUUAUCGCCCGUUUACUAUCGAAGAAGAAGUGACCUUCUCUGAGGCGGAAGAUGUCAGCGCUGAAAAAGACCAGAAGUUUUCACCUUGGUCCCAGUCUCGAAAGUUCAAUGAAGGCAGACGCCUCCCUCCGGCCAGGAACAUGAAGGGCUUAUCGGGCAGCCGUUCCCAGCACCAGAUCCCUUUACCCCAUGGCUUGGACUACGACCCCCACGUCCAUGACCUCCAUGCUCACCAUGGCUCUGACUCCCGCCACUCGUCCUAUCUGCUCAGCCCCACAGAGAGCUGCCCCAUGGACUUCCACCACCGGUACUCGCCACGCAGUUCCAUCCACUCUGACUGCAUGAUGAUGUCCCCUGUCAUUAUGCCCCCAGUUGCUGCGUCUGACCACAUCUCCAGCAGCACCUUCCCCAGAAUGCACUACAGCUCUCAGUAUUAUGACUCAGCCACACGGGACGACUGCGCUGCCAUCACAGCCUCUGCCACCUCCCCAGCUGUUGCUGCUGCUGCAGCCGCGGCGGCUGCCUCCUCCCACCAUGCCGGCACCAAGAGCAACCGCCUUCCUGCUAACCUCCUGGACCAGUUUGAGAAACAACUGCCGCUACACCGCGAUGGCUUCCACACAUUACAGUACCAACGUACCUCCACCACCACUGAGCAACGCAGCGAGAGUCCUGGCCGCAUCAGACACCUUGUUCAUUCUGUCCAGAAGCUCUUCACCAAGUCUCACUCCCUGGAGGGAUCAUCCAAGAUGAAUGGCACAAAAGGUGAUAUUAUAGGAGGUGGAGGAGGAGCAGGGGGUUAUCACCAUCAUGGCCACCACUCCACUAAACAUGGUAGCAAGAGGAGCAAGAGCAAAGAACGUAAGCACCGCUCAGGCGGCUGGUGGAGCUCCGACGAUAAUCUGGAUAGUGACAGCACCUACCGCACGCCCAGUGUCAUGUCGCGUCACCACGGGGAACAUGUCAGCCACUGUUACCCAGAUUCCAUGCACAGCCACCACUUUGGAGACCUGUCUCUCAAGACCUCUAAGAGUAAUAAUGAUGUCAAAUGCUCGGCCUGUGAGAGCAUGGCCAUGGCGCCGGAGGGCAAAUUCAUGAAGAGGAGCUCUUGGUCGACACUGACAGUCAGCCAGGCUAAGGAGGCCUACAGGAAGUCAUCGCUUAAUCUAGAGAAACCCAUGAUGCACAUGGACCUCAAGCCUUCAUCACGGACAUGUCACUACCUGCAGGUGCCCCAGGAUGAAUGGAGCGGAUACCCAGGCGACAAGGAUGAGGAGAUCCCGUGUCGACGGAUGCGCAGCAGUAGCUAUGUCAAAGCUAUGGGAGAGGUGGAUGAUGAAAGUGGUGACUCUGACACCAGCCCUAAGACCUCCCCACAAAAGGCCAUUCGGCCUGAUGCUCUUGUCCUCAAAUCAGCCAUGCAGAGACCCCAUUUAGACUCCCACAGCCAGGGCUACCACUUGCAAACCACAAGAGAUAUGCGACCCCACCCUAGUGUCACGCUGGACCCUGCCACCACCUUUCAUCCCCCACCCUUCCGAUCUCGCAACCAGAGCUACAUGCGCGCCGUCAGCACCCUCAGUCAGGCUAGCUGCGUCAGCCAGGUGAGUGAGACUGAGAUCAAUGGCCAGUUUGAGUCAGUUUGCGAGUCCGUUUUUAGUGAAGUAGAAUCCCAGGCCAUGGAGGCCUUGGACCUGCCUGGUUCGUUCCGCACUCGAAGCCACAGUUACCUCCGUGCAAUUCAGGCUGGUUAUUCCCAAGAUGACGACUGCUUGCCUUCAAUGACAUCCUCCACUGUCACUUCAACUCUCAGAUCCACAACAGGCGUCCGUAGCUUAGCUGGGGGGCGUAGAGAGUACGGUAGGUCUGGGAUUCAGUUUCGUCUCCCUACUUCCUGCAGUGUGGACCGCGCUCAGCCACCUCCAGUGGUAUCAUAUCCUCCCAGUUACAAGAAGACUCCACCUCCUGUGCCCCCGCGCACCACCACCAAGCCUCUUAUCUCUGUGACAGCCCAGAGCAGUACAGAGUCCACCCAAGAUGCCUACCAGGAGGGCAGGCAUCCACGGGGCGGUCUGUGGACCACGGACAGCCUCGGCCGUCCCAUCUACAGCUCCACAGACAGCCUAGACAGCACCAAGGCGGUCACCAUGGCCAUGGAGUCAGCAGCAGGCAAGAGGCUCACAUCUUUGGGCAGCCACACCUCCGUCCAGACAUGCGACAAAGCAGUGCUGGUGUCCAAGGCCGAGGAGUACCUCAAAACCCCACGUUCCUCUAUUGGGAUACAGGUGGAAACUGUGACAGACUCUGAGACUGAAAGUAAAGGCCUUCCCCAGUUCCAUUCUAUAGGGAUCCAGGUGGAGGAUCAAAAACGGCAUGGGCGGUUCAAGCGCUCAAACAGUGUGACCACUGCAGUGCAAGCAGACAUGGAGUUAGAGGGCUUUCCCUCCAUGGAGGACAAGGGCCUGCAGUUCGGUGGUGCCUUCGGUCGCCACUCUGAGCCCAGCACGCCCACGCAGUAUGGGGCCAUCCGUACGGUGCGCACGCAGGGCCUGUUCAGUUACAGGGAGGACUAUCGGCCUUCCAGUGGGCCUCCCAGUCCGCAGCCUGAACCCUGGUUGGUGGAACCCAGCCUGGAGAGCACUGAGACAGGCCGCGUGUCCCCCCUUCGCAGGGACGGCAGCUGGUUUAUGCAGCUCCUUCACAAUGAAACCAAGCGGUUGGAGGGAUGGUGCAAAGAGAUGGAGAGGGAGGCUGAGGAGCAUGACCUGUCGGAGGAGAUCCUAGGAAAAAUCCGGAGUGCAGUGGGAAGUGCUCAGCUACUAAUGUCUCAAAAGUUUCAGCAGUUUUACUGGCUAUGUCAGCAGAAUCUGGACCCCAGUGCCAUGCCCAGACCCACAUCUCAGGACCUGGCUGGAUUCUGGGACCUCUUGCAGCUUUCCAUUGAUGACGUCACUGCCAAGUUUGAUGAGCUGCAGCAGAUCAAGAGCAAUCAGUGGCAACUGAUGGAGGAGAGCCCAGAAAAGAAGGAGCGGAAGUGGCCACCACCAAUGCCAAAGCGGCCGGCCAAGGGGCGUGGCGGUGUGAUGCGGGAGCGCUCUCUGGACCUUCAGGACCGCCAGCGACAGGAAGCCCGCAGACGUCUCAUGGCUGCCAAACGGGCAGCUUCUUUCAGACAGAACUCAGCCACGGAGAGGGCAGACAGCAUCGAGAUCUACAUCCCUGAAGCCCAGACACGGCUUUGAGGUCCACGGAUUCAUCCUCAGCUCUUCCUCUUGUCCACCUCCACCCAACACCAGCUUGUGGCGUCACAUCCAGCCUCCCUCCAACCCCUCCACUGUCGUCAUCCUGUCACCGCCCCGUCCACUUUGUCGUCAUCGUCGUCGUCACCUCCGUUGCCAUUCUCUGGGUUGUCCCUCACUAAAGCUACACUAGGCAAAGAAAAAAAAAAUCCAUCCUUCUCAUCAGCCCUAAAUGACAAUGUGGCACUGCCAUAGGGAAGAACGCCCCAUCUUCCCUGAGUGAGAAGUCAGGUGAGUCGGUUGAGUCAGGUGUACAUGAUACUUUUCCCACAGGAAGCGAUAAAAAUCAAACAUUUUGAUUGAAACCCAAGCUGUCUCAGUAAAAACUGGACACACCAGCAUUAGACCUUCUCCCUCUUGUCCCUCUUGUGUUAAAAGUGGUCCCAAGCUUGCUGGAUUUGGUGUACAUGAGUGUUUUUAUGCAGUUUAUUGAGGUGAUCUGUGGGUAUUUAAGGUCGAAAAGUUUCCAUUUCCAUCUCUCUGUCACCUAGAGCUGCUUACACAAAGUUGCCUAGUGUAGCUUUGAGCCCACAGGGGACUUUUUGCCACAGACUCUGCACCAUGAGAAUGAGCUGCUAUACCCCAAAAUAAACAUUUCACAUGAUAUUCAUUUCAACUACAUCAAAUGAAUUAAAAUGAUUUUUUAUCUUAGCCAUUACUGUUAAAACUCCAGCCUUCUCCAUCAUUGCCAUUGCCCCACUGUGACUAAGGGUAAUGCUGUACUUGCCACAUUCAAAGGGAAACACAAAGUGCAACUUUUCUCUCACCAGCAACAAUGGUCUCAGGCUAAAGCACCCUGUGUUAAGGAACGGUGGCAGCAGAGAUUGAUGUUUCCCACAAUGGAAAAGCCUCUAAAAAAUAUGUAGAAAAUGGUCUGCUGAAAGGAAUACAUUCUUUCUUUUCACUGAGUUUUAAACUGCCCAUUCUUUUUUUAUGGAGGUGGGUAAAGUCUGGUACAACUGUUGACAUUUUUCUCUAAAUUUCCUGCCAAGUGUGAGAUUAUAAAAUCAGAAUGGUUGGUGAGUAAAAAACAAAACAAAAAACGACAGUUUGACUGAGGUGCUGCACAACUGCACUCCAUACUAUCUAUCUACAGCUACAGUGUGUGUCUAUCAAUCAUCUCUCCAUCGUUAACCAGGCAUGCUGCAGCUUGACCAGUGUUGCUGAAUGAGAUCCGAAAGUAAGGCUGAAACUCCUAGAACCAUCAGUUUUCACAUUCACAUAUAUUCAUUCAUAUAACCCCCCCCCCCCACCCCACCAACCCCACCCCUCCCAUCCCACCCCAUCUUAGAACUCCACAUUUUUUUAAAGAUAUGUGCGUUAUUUGCUGCUGGAUACAUUUCCAUUGCAGAACAAAUAUGAAUUAUUAACAAAAGACAGUUUUUGCGCAGCCUGGAGGAGGUGACUGUAUCAAACAAUGCAUUUUGCACCUUAUAAUAUUCAUGUUUGUAUUUCCAAGGGAAAUGUAGUUUAUGAAGCUCAUGUGAUAUUGUUGCAGUUGAAUUGCAAGGACAGAUAUGGAAAAUUUACUACAGAAUUUCAUGUUACUCUAUAGGUCAUAUAAACUGCACCUUGUGUUGUUUUGUUUUCAUUUCUUUCUGAUGGCAUUCAAGGCCUCUCGUAAUUACAAUAUUGUGAUUCUAACACUUUUAAUUAUACUUACAGUAUCUAUCAUAUGACCAACAUCACAAUCUACAGUAUACAUUUAGUAUUUAUAGUUAAAAACAGUUGUGGGUUGAUUUGACAGUGCAUUUGUCCUGCUGAUUAAGGGGUGUUUCUUAGCUAACAGAAACCCAUUUCUCAUAACACACUGCAUCCAACCUUUUGUUCCAAGUGGCGCAUAAUGAAAACACUUCUGUUUUUAUUUUUGAUCUGCUCAUGUAGUCUAGGAAAGACAGGUGCAAAUGACACUUUAACAAUAUUCAGUUACUAUAGUAAAUGGUGCUGCUUUUUACUCUAAAACUGUUGUCCUUUACCCAGUCCUAUGUGCACGCACACACACACUCAAGGACUUUUUAAACAGAGAUUUAUUAAUAUGGUGCCCGUUGUCUCUCCAAUGACUUGUGGUAGAUUGUGACUUUAGAAAAGAUCAUCUUUGCAAUGCUCUUGCCCUCAGUGAUGAAAAUGAGGAGAAGGUUUUAUGGCUUAACUUCCUUUCUAACACGAAAAGAGGUCAGGGAUAUUUAUUUAUCAGAUGGGAGAGAUUACAGGCUUUGACAUUCCACCGACCUUAAAGUAAAAUCUAAUAUGCCCACCCUGAGCCAAGGGCAUACUGCUAUAGCUAGCUGAAAGUACAUCAUUUUACCUGCCCAUAUUUUAUACUACACCAACCAAGAACCCCUCACAUUUGCAAUACACGCCCAUUCAUCCUCAUUUGCCAAUCUAACCCCAGCUAAUUAAAACUAAUGCUGAUGUAGGGCCGCUAGAAUUAUGCUGCAGUACAGUGUUUAAUGUUUCCCAUUUUAUUGUAAUUAGAGUGGCACUCAGUGGGGGAGAGCAGUCUGCGUACUGUAAAUACUUUGGUGAGGCAGUGAGACUGACUUGUCAGGCAGUAUUAUGAUUAUGGUUUAUUUUACUCACGUUGAAGCUAGCUUUCGUCUGACCAAGUAUUUUAUUUUGUGACGUGUGUACAUCAGUGCUAAAUCUAAAACCCUUACCUUACCAGACGGCCUUAACCAAAACACUCAUGAAUGUAGAGCCCCUAACGAUGCAAAAAAACAAAGAUCCCAGGAGAUGAGCAGAUACUGAAAAUCCAACUAAAUUGGAGAAGUUGCUCCUAAAUUUUUAUGUUUAAAUUUUUUUUUGUUGAUCUCAUUUCAGAUUUUUUUAAAUUUUGUUUGACUGGUUUUAAGAAAAAAUGUGAAAGGGUACAAAAACAAGAGAAGACAACAGGCCAGGUCUCCAGGGGAAAUGCAUAAUUUCACACAGAUUUUUCAAGGUUUCCCGCUUCUUUAAAGUUGUACAAAGGUUACAAUGCCUCACAUGCUGUACAAAUAUGUAACUAUGAGAAUAGGUUUUCCUGUUUCAGUGCACGUGAAAAUCAGACGUCUACUAGGAUCAAUCCAUUCCAAGAAAUAAUAGAAUAAAUGGAUCAGAAUAAAGAAAAGGGCAGUGCAGAUCUGUUUAUCUUGUAAGUCCUUGUAGACCACAAUUCAAAUACAGAAGAAAUUGGCAGUGACCCACAUUUCCCUGCUUCAUUCAGGCUCACAUUUACACAGUGAUAUAGACUGUAGUAAGAUUAAAUGAACAUAUUCUAGACACAAGUUUACAUUUACAGUAAAAUAAAUGUCCAAGAGAACCUUUGUCUUGCAGGCUUCUAUGCCCCAGUAUAGGCUUGAGACUUAGGGAUUGAAGGAAAGAGUGCAUUAUAUAAUUACAGAAACUGAUAGAAUGGCAAGGUCUUGAUUUUAAGUUUAAUAAUUUCUUUAAUUCACGUUAAAAUAAAGUAUCUCUAUCUAUUAAGGGGCUUUACCUCCAACGGUACCACUCCAACGGUCUCAGAUUUCAGAGAAGGAUCCAACAGAUUGUAACUGAUUUCAUUUAAUUAUCCUCUUUAAACAAGAACCAAAAUCAUUUGAAGUCAUCUUAGUUUAUUAAAUCUAUUCCUCUUUCAAAAUUCACUCUGAAGAUAAAGUUGGGAUUUAAUUUUUCAUGAAUUGCAGUGCUUAAAUAUUUUCUGUUUCAAUAUUUCAGUCUAUUUCUGUCCUUUCAAAAGCACCUAGAAUGGCCACUUUUCCCACUGCAGUUUGGCACAGAGUUAGUGGUGAACUGUGACGCAUUAUGGCAGGUUCCUCCAGUCGUAAUUUAACAAUCUAGAGUCAGUUCUGUCUCUUUUCUUUCAUAUUUACUUUCUGUAUCUAACAGCCUCAUUGAAUUCUAUCACAGAAUGUAAAGGACUGUGGAAGUAAUUAUGUCACUUUUAGUCUGAGCUAUUUCAGAUGUCUGUUCUCACUUUUCAGUAUUUACUGUCACUGUUUUGUUAGCUUUCUUUGUUGUGCUAUCGUCAUUUUUCCCUUGCAAGUCUGUUAAUAUCAGCAUCUCCACUCAUAUUUUGUCCAGAGAGAAGGAGAGAGAAUACUGUUAGUUUUGAAAUAUUGAAAUCCUCAUUUAUUUCACUGGUUCCUCCCUAAGUUUUGCCCCAGAGGAACCAACGACAGCUUCUCUGAAUUGUGACAGCUGCUGGGCUACUUUAACAAUCCAACUGCUCUUCCACCUGACUGAAAGUCAUGCAAAUCAAGUCUACUUCCCGCAGACUGCAUACUGUGAUUCCAUCUUGUGUAGUACUUGAUAAUCUGCUACUCGUUCUCAUCAGUCCAGGCUUUGCUUUAAGAACUACCUAUUCAAACAUUAGGUCUUUGUCUUUUUGUAGCUUCAAGUUCCUAUUUUCUGUAGCUAAGAAUUUCCUUGCAGGUUGUUUGAAUUGAUUUCACUUUCCAGCCAGAAGACAUGAGUCAAAUCUACAAAGUUAAAUAGUGGUAGAGAGUAAUGUGGUUGGUUUAGCACAUAAGAGUUAUAAUGACCUCACUGGCACGAAUUAAAAAAAAAAAAGAAAAACGAUGUCACUUCAGCUGUUUUUGCACCAAUCACCUGUCAGUGACGCUGAUUUCAGACACAAAGACAUCCUCAAAAGUUACAGGGACACCAGCUGCUGCGAGUAUGUGUGACAAGAAGUGUCAGAAUCCUAGAUAUUAAGAAAAUUUGUUUUUGUGGUAUCAUGCGGGGCUGAACUACAAUAAUGGUACCAUUUUUUUGUCGUUGUAUCUUUUCCGAUUGCUCGUCAUUAGCAGGCCAUCUCUGAUGAAAUGCUGGAUAGUUUUCUUUUUUGCGUGUGUGUCACAUUUUCUCCCACCGUGCUACAAGGGGCUUAGGAGUUUGGCAACUAUGUACAUGACAAAUCCUCAGGUGCCUUACAGUUUGAUUCUCAUAGGACUCUGUGAGUGAAUGUUUUGGGUUGAGGUAUGUGAAAGGACUGCAACACCUCUUAGAGUGCGAGUUUGUCUGUAAUACCGUCACAAAGGGCUGGAAACUGGGCUGGGUCGGACUGCAGAAUUUAAAACUAAUUUACUUUAAUUCAAACAUCUUACUGUAAUAAACUUCAGCACAAUACUGUCUAGAGGAUAUCAAAGGAGGAUUUGGUAACAUUUGUUAUCCUCUUUUUGUUUGAGUAUUUGGUUCAGAUCACAUAGAUGUUCUGCUACGAUUCACCUUGAUGCAGUUACAUUUUUGAAAAUUCACUUAAUGUGUCAUGACACUGGGCAAAGGUCCAUUAAAAAUACAGUGAAUUGUAGAAAAUCAGUGGAUAUAACAAUGUAAACACAACAUCUCGAAAGUGUGUGUCACAUCCAUUUCAGCAAAUCAUAAUAGAUCAUUUAUUUAAAAGGUCUUUAUCUAUAUUUUUCCUCCUAGCUGUGAUAUUGUAAUCUCAUGAUGUGUUUUGCCUCUAUGGCAUCUACAUCUACAGAAUCUGGAGACUGACAAAACUUGACCAGCCAAAAAGUGCAAUAGCGUUUUCAUAUAACAAUGACAGGCAGGCUCACCUACAGCUAUUUACCUCACAGUUAAGCGUUUUAGCAAACAUGGUAUAUAUUUAGGAGUAGUUGUAAUCUCCACAGGAACACUUUGUCAUGCCUGUGUACUAUGCAGCAGUACUUCAGUGGGGCUGCAGAGCCUGCAGGCCCUGGUGCAGAUCACCUUUCAUUUACAGAGCACUGAAAGCACCAUGGUCAUCGUGCUUUACACUGCAGGAGCAAAAAUGUGUGCUGUCAUUGUCAUUCAAUACUCAGUCCUAUACAGUUAAUCUAUGAUCAGUUAGUUAGGAUUUACUUUAUGCUGAUAUAAAAAAAAAAUGUAGUGUAAAGAAAAAGUCAGCUAACUUUAAGUAGUACUCAAAAAAUGAUAAGUUCCUUUGUCAAGUUUCCCUGUUUAGUCACUACUCAAGACAUCUGUUUAUGCCUUGUACAACACUUAACAGCACCACAUUUUAGACUAGCAUCAUUUAAUAGUUGUCCUGAAGUUAAACCUCAGAGAAGUCUGUAUAGGUGCUGAAUCAACCAACUUCUCUCCUUGUACUUUUCCUAAAUUUGCUUCUGCUUUUUUUGGUUUAUUCUGACAAUCAGCACACACCAAAAACAUCAAAUGCACAUGCGCACACAAACACACACAGACACACAUACACACACUGCAACAGCAUUGUCAUGGUAUAUCCUCAAGACAACGCCCUGAGUUUCCCUUCUACGUAUCUUGAGGAUCUCCUUACAAGUGAGACUCCAUUAAAUUUUCAUUGAGAGCUUUUCUCCUUGUUUAUGAUACAGUUGCACUGCAAAGAUGUCUUUCUAUUGCUUGCUCUCUCCUCUCAUAAAUUAUGUGAUUUUUGAUGACAUGCUGUAGAUCAUCAGUUUUUGCCAAACUGCAGUCAAGUAAAAGUUAUGGAUCAUAUUUGAUGUCAUGCUUACUUUAACACUGGCCUGUAUGUGUAUCUGCUCCUCAAGCAAUAAGCUUUAUUUAAAUAUUUAGGGUUGGUUUUUCAUACUGAUCUUAAGACAUGACGAAAAUAAAUCUGAGGGAUGUUACAGUACUGUUUAGGUGGUUGUUGAGCCACUUAAAGAAACUGUCUGACAUUUUGGGAAAUAUGCAUACUUGCUUUCUUGGAGAUAGUUAGAUGAGUUGAUCAAUAUCCUUCUCACACUAAAUACAAAGCUACAGCCAGCAGUCAACUAGUUUAGCUUAGCAUAAAGAUUGAAAAUAUGGAAACAGCUAGCUUGGCUGUGUCCAAAGUUAACAAAAUCUGCCUUAAAAGCACCUUUAACAUGGGUUAUAUCUAGUUUGCUCUUAUCUAUCCAAAAACAAGUUGUCUUUUUACGGAGGUUACACACUGGUCUGUUAGCCGUUUCCCCCUUUAAAUGUGAAGCUAUAGCCAGGACAUGCUUAGCUUAGCCAUAAAGACUGAAAGCGGGAAACAGCGAGUCCCCCCAGACAACAAAACAGAUCCAGCAUAAAAUCACAAACUGACAUUUUUACACUAGAAUUUUUGUGUGGAACAAACAAACAAAAAUAUAAUAUGUUAAUAUGUUAGCUUCUGAAGUGCUGGUAGGUGGAUUUUGUUGUCUUUGGGCACAGCCAGGCUAGCUGUUAUGCCAUGUUUCCAGUUGUUAUGCUAACCUAAGCUAACGGUCUGCUGGCUGUAGCGUCAUAUUUAUUAGAGGAUAGUGUCAGUCUUUUUACUUGCACAAAAAAGCUAAUAUUUCCCAAAAUUACAAAUAAUUUCUUUAAGCAGGCAUUGGGUUAUGAUAAACAACAACUUUUUAAGGCAAUGCAGAUGUUUACAUGUAUCAUUUCCACUGUUUUGCGUGAGUAAUAUAAUGUUAUCUAGGUCUAAAAGACAGAAAAAGGGUAGUUAUACUAUUUUACACCUCUGCUUGUCUCUGCACCAGUUCUUGGACGUAACAAUCACAAUUCAGCCAGAACACACAGGCAUAUAUGCUGUCCACAUUUGCACAUUCUUUUGAAUUGUGUGCUUCUGUAUAACUGGGAGGAGAACUGUUUCAAUACCCGUGCUGUUCUUUAUGUUUCAGUGUUUUAUGAGGGGAGAGAGCGCUCACAAUUUUGUUUGCCUUUGGUGGAGAAAUGUCUUGUGUUGUGGCUGUGGGUAGAAAUAACAAAAGGCCUCUAAUGGGUUUUGGAAUGUGAUAUGAGAAAAAUUUGAUAGCAUAAAAAGGUUUGUGGUUAGCUUAAAACUAUUUUGAAUUGUUAGAUAUAUCAAUAAUGAGGAUAAAUAUAAUGCCAAAUAUUCAGUAUUUGUACAGAAAUAUACAUAUAUAAAUAUAUAAUAUAUGCCUAAUUUAAAUGGAACUAUUUUCCGCUCUUGACCAUGUUUUUGUUGUUUAAUGUUCCUUUGUCAACAUUAUUUUAUAAGAUCUUCAGAUAGCAUGCAGGAUAGUGAAAAUGAAUGUAUUAUUUAGUGUUUCAUUGCUGGUCAGUAUUACAGCAUUCUACAGAUCAGUUUGUGUUUGUAAGAUUAAUUUAAGCUGAAUAUUUCAUUUCUAGAUUUGUUUAUCUAUAAAUGAAUUGUAUAACUUUCUUUUCUAAAUGCAAGGUUUUGAAAUGGUUUCAACAGUUUAUAUCAUUUUAUUAUUUUCCCCCUGCUUUAUCUAUGUGGUUCAAUAUAUUUUGCCUCUUCUGAGUACUGCUAUCUACCAUCUGUUGUAAAUAAUUAUGCAAAUUAAACUUUUUGAAGAAAACUA